CUCUAUAGAAUGUGAGCUUGCGGUCAUGCUGAACUAGCUGGGAGACAAGUAAAUGUGAACAGUGAAUACUGAGACUUCAACGCUUUCGGUUGGAAUACUGCUGGACGGCAACAGUGAAUAAAGUUAACAGUAACCGCAACGUGCAAAAAAUCUGUCAAAAGGAGAACAGCAAACAUACUGUUGUUGUGCAUAUAUACGAAAGGGCAUCAACAGCAGCAGUUAAUAAUUAAUUGUUGUUACAGUGUCUCAUCAUUUUUAUUUCAAUAUUUUUUUUGCGCCGUCUCGUAUAUUUGUUUACUUUGUCCGGCUGACUGCUGUUUUUUGCGGCUCGUGUCGCUGUUUAUUGUUGCUCUUGUUGUUGUUUGUUAUUGUUGAUUUUUGUUGGCCGUUCAAUUCGAUUAGAGUGAACGAACGCGCAACAGCAUGGCAAGCAACAACGCCACAGCAACUGCCACCGUUGAUGCCACCAACAAAUGCAAUGGCUCAUUGAACUCGCCGGAUCUUCUGGAGCAGCCGGCUCGCAAAAUAAUCAAACAGCAGCCGCAGCAGGAUUAUCACCUGGAGCCGGAAUUGCAGGACGGUCUCAGCUGCAAUGAUUUGUUCAAAAAUGGCGAAGGCUUAACCUACAACGAUUUUCUCAUAUUACCCGGCUUCAUCAACUUUGCCGCCGAGGAGGUUGAUCUCAGCUCGCCACUAACCAAGGCCAUAACAUUGCGUGCUCCGCUCGUCAGCUCGCCCAUGGACACGGUAACCGAAUCCGAGAUGGCCAUCGCCAUGGCGCUGUGUGGUGGCAUUGGGAUCAUCCACCACAACUGCACGCCGGAGUAUCAAGCGUUGGAGGUGCACAAGGUUAAGAAAUACAAACAUGGCUUUAUGCGUGAUCCAUCGGUGAUGUCGCCGACCAAUACCGUUGGCGAUGUGCUCGAGGCUCGACGCAAAAAUGGCUUCACUGGCUAUCCCGUCACCGAGAAUGGCAAACUGGGCGGCAAGCUGCUGGGCAUGGUCACGUCCCGUGACAUCGACUUCCGUGAGUAUAACCCCGAAAUCUUGCUCUCCGAGGUGAUGACCAAGGAUCUGGUCACCGCCCCCAAUGGCAUCACCUUGCCCAUGGCCAAUGCCAUACUCGAGAAGAGCAAAAAGGGUAAGCUGCCGAUCGUGAAUCAGUCCGGCGAGUUGGUUGCUAUGAUUGCACGCACCGAUCUAAAAAAGGCCCGCUCCUAUCCGAAUGCUUCCAAGGAUUCCAAUAAGCAACUGUUGGUGGGCGCUGCAAUUGGCACACGCAACGAGGAUAAGGCGCGUCUCCAGCUGCUGGUGGCGAAUGGCGUUGAUGUCAUCAUCUUGGACUCGUCGCAGGGCAAUUCCAUCUAUCAGAUCGAGAUGGUCAAGUACAUCAAGCAGACGUAUCCCGAUCUCCAAGUCAUCGGUGGCAAUGUUGUGACACGCGCCCAGGCCAAGAACCUCAUCGAAGCUGGUGUCGAUGGGCUGCGCGUCGGCAUGGGAUCCGGCUCUAUUUGCAUCACCCAGGAGGUGAUGGCUUGCGGUUGCCCACAGGCGACAGCCGUUUACCAGGUCUCCACGUUUGCCAAACAAUUUGGUGUGCCCGUUAUUGCCGAUGGUGGGAUCCAGUCGAUUGGACACAUUGUCAAGGCAUUGGCAUUGGGCGCCAGCGCUGUGAUGAUGGGCUCCCUGCUGGCGGGCACAUCGGAGGCACCAGGCGAAUACUUCUUUUCGGAUGGCGUUCGCUUGAAGAAGUAUCGCGGCAUGGGUUCCCUCGAGGCCAUGGAGCGUGGCGAUGGCAAGGGUGCGGCCAUGUCGCGUUACUAUCACAACGAGAUGGACAAAAUGAAGGUGGCCCAAGGCGUGAGUGGCAGCAUUGCGGACAAGGGUUCCGUGUUGCGCUAUCUUCCAUACUUGGAGUGCGGUCUGCAGCACAGUUGCCAGGACAUUGGCGCCAACUCGGUCAGCAUACUUAGACAAAUGAUCUACAAUGGGCAGCUGCGCUUCAUGAAGCGCACCCACUCGGCACAGCUGGAGGGUAACGUGCACGGCCUCUUCAGCUAUGAGAAACGUCUCUUCUAACAGUCAAGCAGCGCUGCCACGUCGUCAUCCUCGAUUGGCGGCGAUACGGGGGGCGCGCAGCGACAGCAACAACAGCAGCAACAUGCACAUGCACAUGCAGCCAAUGGAGCCCAGCAUCAACGGCAGCAGCAGCAGCACCAGGGACAACAUCUCGCAAUGAUGCAGCGUGCUCAUCGCGAUUACAUGGCGCAAUCCUCCAACUACAUGAGAGACAACAUUACAAAUGCCAAUCGUAAGCGGCCCAUCUAAUGGGAUGUGUCGUGCCACCCCCCUGCCCAUCUCCAUCCCCCUCUCUGAGAAGAAGAAACCCAUUAAUUUCCAAGUUUAGUUAGUUGUUUAAUCAUCUUUGAAAUAGCUCGUAAGGCUCUUGUGUCGAAUUGUCGAAUCUUUCUGCAACUAAAAACAAAAAGGGAGUUCAACUACCUGCGAUCCACUACUAGAAGCAGUUCGUACUUACACCCUAAAACUACAUAUAUAAAUCUAUAUAUAUGUAUAUAUAUAUAUAUACAACACAAAUUAUACACAUCCUUUACACACACGUACAACACAUAUGUAUAGAAAGUAUGUAUACUCUUUAUGGCCAAAACAUAUUAAAUAUACAAUU